GCGUUCCCCGUUCCCUCCCGCAUCAGCCACCAGGGUUUAAGCAAGAGAGCAGCCACCUCGCCUCGCCGCCGACCAGCCACCCAUCGCCGCCCUCUCCCCUACCGCUCGCUUCCGCCGCUGCCUCCGCCGCUCCGCCUCUACCCCCCGACGUUGCCUCCUCUGCUGUGUCGAGCUCGAGCCCCAUUCCGGGCUGGGAUUCGCAACCCUGAGCCCCAACCCUAGCAAGGCGCGAGGGAACGGACAAGCGGAUCGACGAUGCCGAGCUUCCCUCCGCCCGGCGCCGUCACCGUCUGCGAGAUCAACCGCGACCUCGUGAUGUGUGCUCAUCCCGACCUGCCUUCCUCACCUCGCAGUUGCGGCGGAGGCCCUGUCGGACGACCGAGCCAAGGACGCAUACGGCGAUGUCCUCGGAAUGGUCUUCAGUCCUAUCCCUUUCCAGCCAGACUCUCUUCCCCCAAUCCGCGAGCCCCCUGCUGUAGAGCAACCAGAGUCCACUGAGAACGUGCCCACAGCUAGUGUGGCUUCCACCAUAUCCGAGUUCUUCAAACGGAUGAUCUUCCCUCCAUUAAAUCCAAAUCUGCUACAAAAAUUUGACACCCAGAAAAUAAGCUGGAAUCCGCACAAGCAUUGUCUAGCAUUUGUGUCUGGGAAGAACCAGGUUAUUGUACAUGACUUUGAGGAUUCAGAUGCUAAAGAGCCAUUCAUUUUGACAAGUGAUCAGCAAACCAAUGUUAAGGCUGUUGAGUGGAGACCAAAUAGUGGCAAGAUGAUUGCAGUCGCCUGCAGGGGAGGGAUAUGCCUCUGGUCAGCAUCAUAUCCUGGCGAUGUUCCAUUCAUGAAAGCUGGGGUCACCCCUUAUUCCUUUAGUGCCUUCCCUAGAAGUUCUGGUGGUUGGUGGAUACUGGUGGAUGUGCUUCGUGACUCUUCUUCUGAGCAAGUUACCUCGCUUUGCUGGAAGCCUGAUGGAAGAUACUUGGCAUCUGCCUCUUGUAAUAGUCCAUCUUUCACGAUUUGGGAUGUGUCUCAAGGGUUGGGUACUCCUAUACGGCGUGGAUUAAGUAAUAUAUCACUACUGCGGUGGUCACCUAGUGGAGAUUAUCUUCUAGCUGCUAAAUUUGAUGGAACUUUUCAUUUCUGGGAGACAAACACAUGGACUUCAGAACCUUGGUCUUCAUCUAACGGAUAUGUGUCUGGAGUGAAUUGGGACCCAGAAGGUCGUGUUGCAUUGGUAUCCUUUUCUAACUUUACUACACUUGGCUCAAUUCACUUCUCAUCUAAGACACCAUCUUUAGAUGCUCAUCUCCUACCAGUUGAACUUCCAGAAAUUUCCUCCCUGAUUGUCAGCCGAGGCAUAGAAAAAUUAGCAUGGGAUGCUUCAGGGGAGCGUCUGGCAUUGUCGUUCAAAGAUGGAAAUGAAAUGUACCGUGGUCUUGUUGCUGUAUAUGACGUGAGGAGAUCUCCACUUGUCUCAGUGUCACUAGUUGGGUUCAUUAGAGGACCUGGAGAAGGAGCGAAACCACUUGCUUUUGCUUUCCACAAUAAAUUUAAGCAAGGACCCUUGCUUUCUGUGUGCUGGAGCAGUGGCUGGUGCUGUACAUAUCCACUGAUACUUCGUUCCCAUAAACUCCACAAUUGUGGUGUCACACCGGUUCAGGACUGAGUGUUUCAGCUACUGCUGUCGACCAGGAAUAUGGAAUGUUUCACAUACAGGUCGGAAGACAAUUUUCGAAGUACUGCUGAUGUCUUGCAUAGGUGCAUUGCAAAGCCUUGCUUUUGUUAAGCAGGUGCAAUUUCCAUGCGCCUGCUAGGAGAAAUGCAAAGUAUAUGAAUUGCAUCCCAUAUAUAUGUAACAUUGUAGCUUGAGAAAGGAUGUCUGUCUAUUAGCGGAUUCGUCUCCAGAUGGAGGAAAGGAAGUUCAUGCGAGCUUCUGGAAUGGAGGAUUUGACCGUCCCUUUCCUAUGGUUGAGCUAGUACUAGCAACGAGCUGUCAAAAUCCUAGAAGCAA